AUGUUCGAAAUAAGCAGAUCACUCAACGCCGCUUUGCUGAGCAAUGAGCAUCUCAAGAUGAUGGCGAGGUACGAGCAGCUCUCGGGACUAGCAGCCAGUGGCGUGGGCUCCGUCCCCGAGACGCACUCGCCGCUAUUUCCCAGGGAUCUCCUGUCAUCGCCAGCCCAGAUGGGUUACAGGUCACCCCUGGGGUCGACAGAGACACAGUGGCGUCAGGCAGAGCUCCCACAGCUCCAGGGCUGGGCAGAGAAGGGAUUGCUGACACAGCCAAAGAUGAUCAUCAGUAACAUGGAGGCUACAGUGACAAACGGCCCCAGCGGAGGAGGCAACACGGCUAACGGGCCGACCACCAACAGCCGUGGUUGCCCCUCGCCCAUGCAGACCGGCCCCUCAAACGACGACAGCAAGACCAACCUCAUCGUCAACUACCUGCCCCAGAACAUGACCCAGGAGGAGUUCCGCAGCCUGUUCGGUAGCAUCGGCGAGAUCGAGUCCUGCAAGCUGGUUCGCGACAAAAUCACAGGACAGAGUCUGGGCUACGGCUUCGUCAACUACAUUGAUCCAAAGGAUGCAGAGAAAGCCAUCAACACGUUAAAUGGACUCAGACUUCAGACCAAAACGAUCAAGGUGUCAUAUGCGCGACCCAGCUCAGCCUCCAUCCGUGAUGCCAACCUGUAUGUGAGCGGCCUGCCCAAGACAAUGACCCAGAAGGAGCUGGAGCAGCUCUUCUCCCAGUACGGACGCAUCAUCACCUCCCGCAUCCUCGUGGACCAGGUCACUGGCCCCGCAGGCGGCUCCCGAGGUGUUGGCUUCAUCCGCUUUGAUAAGAGGAUAGAGGCUGAGGAGGCCAUCAAGGGCCUGAACGGACAGAAGCCAUCGGGUGCUGCCGAGCCAAUCACAGUCAAGUUCGCCAACAACCCCAGCCAGAAGACCAGUCAAGCCCUACUCUCACAACUCUACCAGUCUCCCAAUCGCCGAUACCCAGGGCCCCUCCACCACCAGGCUCAGAGGUUCAGGCUGGACAAUUUGCUUAAUAUGGCCUAUGGCGUAAAGAGGUUCUCUCCCAUCACUAUUGACAGCAUGACCAGCCUGGUGGGCAUGAACAUCCCUGGCCACACUGGCACCGGUUGGUGCAUCUUUGUGUACAACCUGUCCCCGGAUUCUGACGAGAGUGUGCUCUGGCAGCUGUUUGGGCCGUUUGGCGCCGUCAACAACGUCAAGGUGAUCCGUGACUUCAACACCAACAAGUGCAAAGGCUUUGGCUUUGUCACCAUGACGAAUUACGACGAGGCGGCCAUGGCCAUCGCCAGUCUCAACGGCUACAGGUUGGGCGACCGUGUCUUGCAAGUCUCCUUCAAGACUAACAAGACACACAAGUCCUGA